AUGUACCUGCUGCUCGGGGCCUCGGGCGUGGGCAAGACCCUGCUGGUGAAGCGGCUGCAGAAGCUGUGCUCCAAGGAUGGGUCCCGGGAGCUUGGGGAGCCUCCCCCCACACUGCCCACGGUGGGCACAAAUCUAACUGACCUUCUGAUCCAGAAGAAGAUCACGAUUCGGGAGCUGGGGGGCUGCAUGGGCCCUAUCUGGCCUAGUUACUAUGGAGACUGCAGCUCUGUCCUGUUCAUGAUUGAUGCGGCUAACCCCACCCAGAUCUCUUCAUCCUGCGUCCAGCUCCUGUCACUCCUCUCCGCAGAGCAGCUUGCCUCGGCAUCCGUCCUGAUCCUGUUCAAUAAGAUCGACCUGCCCUGCUACAUGUCCCUGGUGGAGAUGAAAUCGCUGUUCCGGAUUCAAGAUAUCAUUUCCUGUGCUAACCAGCCCAUCACUGUGGUGGAGACCAGCGCCCGUGAUGGCACGGGGCUGCCCGAUGUGCUGCAAUGGCUUCGCUCCACCCUCAAGGAUCCCAGUUGA